AUGGUUGAUCUUAUUGUUUAUCUUAUUCUUGUUUUCAUAACAAGAAUUGAUGGAUUUAUAUUUGAUAGUAAAAAAGAUCUAAUUCUUUUACCAUCAGUUGCUUUUCGAGAUCAUUCAAAAAUAUCUUCAACAGAUUGGAUUUUAUCGAAUCAUGGAUGGUAUUAUAAAGAAGAUCCUCUACAAGCGGAACUAUUGGAAAGCACAUUAGAAAAAGUUAUUGGAAAAGACUUAGAUAUAAAUCGUAUUAAAUUAUUCACUGCUGAUGGACAAGAAAAUGAAAAUCUAUGUAUUUUUAAUUUCAAUCAAUCAAUUUGUACAUAUACCAAUGAUGAAGGUAGAAUUAAAAAUACAUUUCAAAUUAGUGAAAAUGAAAUUGAUCGAUUAGUUCAAUCUGAUGGUAAUGGUGCUAAAAUACUUUAUCAACUAUCAGUAGUAAACAAAAAUAUUCGAGCUACGGGUGAAGUUUAUUUAUGUGAUGAUGAUGGUAUAACAUUUCUAAGUGAUAUUGAUGAUACAAUCAAAAUUACGGGUGUUACAUCAUCAAAAGAAACACUUCAGAAUACUUUUACUGAUAAUUAUAAAUCUGUUCCCGGUAUGCCCGAUAUAUAUCGAUAUUGGCAAAAAAAGUAUAACGCAACAUUUGCAUAUUUAACAGCAUCACCAGAUCAACUUUAUCCAUUUUUACGUGAAUUUUUCAAUCGUGAAAUAUAUCCAUUAGGUUCAUUUCAUACGCGUCAUUUUACAUGGUUUGAUAAGAACUUUAUUUCAUUUUUCAUGUCUAAUAGUUAUAUCACCAGUAAAACAGAAACAAUAUCAAUGUUUUUAAAUAAUACAUCAAAGCGUAUAUUCAUUUUACUAGGUGAUAUAUUUCAAAAAGAUCCUGAAAUAUAUGCAAGUAUUUAUAUGAAAUAUCCUAAUCGAAUAGAAAAAAUUUUUAUUCGAAAAUAUAAAAAUGAUACAAUUGGUCAACAACGUUUAGAACAAGUUUUUAAUAAUAUACCUGAAAAAAAAUGGGCAACAUUUGAAAUAGGUAGUGAUUUACCAAAGGAUAUCUUUGUUAUGUGA